GUGGAUAUCUGUUGGAUCUAUUCUUUAUAAAGCUCAAGAGUACAGUCUAUCAAGCGGAAUAACUCAUUUUGGUUGGAUUUUGUUCUCUUUUCAAAACUAGCCGAGCUUUUUUGGUUCUUACCCACGAUGAAGGUUUUAAUUGCCUUGUUUGUUGUGGUAUUUGUGGAUAUGGUCGCCUCACAAUGUGCUUGUGACAAUAUGAAAUGGGCGGUAUGUGAUGGAGAACCAUGCCAGUGCACCCUUCAGUUUGCUGACGAUUACAAGCAAAAGCUUGAUUGUACAAAGUUGAUUCCCAAGUGCUUCCUCAUGAAAGGGGAGAUGUAUCGUGCCAGGAAAAACUUGACCACAAGAUCAAUUGGUGGGAAGCCAGUAGAGACCGCCUUUGUGGACAAUGAUGGCAUCUAUGACCCAGAGUGUGAGGACAACGGGAAGUUCAAGGCUGUCCAGUGUAACAAAACUGAUGUGUGCUGGUGUGUGAACAGUGCUGGUGUACGUAGAAGUGACAAAGGAGACAAGAACAUCAAGUGUGAGCCUGUGGAGACAUAUUGGGUUCGCCUGGAAUUGAAGCAUAAAGCUGCACCAGGUGUAACUCUUGAUGCCGGCAAACUGAAGACUGGGAUUGAGAAUGCUUUGCUGCAGCGUUACAAUUUGGAUAAAACGCAUGUGUCUGAUGUUCAGUAUGAUAAAGAUGGCCGUCUGCUUAUUGUGGAUGUCAAAAAGACGGUUGGACAACCAACUCCAGACCUGUCCCUCAUGACUUACUACAUGGAGAAGGAUAUCAAAGUUCUGCCCCUGUUUAAAAACGAACAACCAUUUGAGGUCAGUGUUGAGGGAUCAAAGGUGUCCAUGGAGAGUAUCCUGGUCUACUAUGUAGACGAAAAGGCCCCUACCUUCACCAUGCAGAAGUUGACCGGUGGCAUCAUUGCUGUCAUCGUGGUGGUCGCAGUGGUUGUGCUUGCAGGACUUCUUGUUCUGUACUUUCUUGGACGGCGGCAGAAGGCCCGGUACUCAAAAGCACAGCCCAGAGAGAUGGAGACCAUGUCUUAAAGCAAUUAAUGAUGUCCCAUGUACUUGAAAAUGACACUGGGACGUGCCCCAUGCUGAAGCAUAGAACUGUUGUGUGCAUUGCAUGUGACACUUUCAUAUUGGGAAACUUGUGUCUGUUACAUGCUGGCUACAGUUGUUUUUAAGCAAUAUUUCUGUUACGUUUUGCUAUUUAAUGAGGGCUCAUUUUCAUUGGAUCAACAUUUUAACAUUGUACAGUUUGUGUGACUUGUAAGUUUUUAAUAAAAUUUGUUAAAUGUCA